UUACGACCACGUUCAGUUUUCGUCUGAACGGGUCGCGUGGUAGUGGACGUUCCAAUUCGUUAAAUACGCGUUUUGUCGUUCGGUUUCGCAGUCGCCCGGUAACUAUUCUCGCUUAUGAUGGGACUUUUGACGAUAUUUUUUUCCUUGACAUGUGAAACGGAUAGAAUCUAUUAAACGCUCGUGAUACAACGUUUUAGCUAUCGGACCGAGUGGACUUUUUUUUUUCCAAUUUUGUUUACGAUUUUGAAAGUAUUUGUGUUGAUUUGUUGAAAAAAAAGAACGAAAUAAUUUUAAACGUCAACGAUCAUUUCAUGAUGAAUUUGAAAAUCGGUUUUCGAAUGCUUUUGGUUACCGCAAUAGCGGCAAUCACGGGAUGUUCUUCGCAAACUAUUCAAAUAACUCCGAAAGAAAAGGAACUGGUGAGAGAAGAACGGUCGAAAUACGGCGUUUCAUGCUUUGGUCCGAAUCUUUCGGAGUUUCAAUGGCGAGGUCCCGCGGGUAUCAUAUCGCAAAGCCCACAGUUCAGGGUUCAUUCAGUAGAGCUGCCAAUGCAAAUGAACCAGACCGGUCUGCUGUUGGUGUUCGAAAGAGUCUUGGAAGAGGAUGUAGGCAACUACUAUUGCUCAGCCACCGGAAAGGAUGGACGUGGCCAUAGCAUUAGCAUCAAGUUGACUGUGACCAAAAUAUUGGAAUUCGAUACGCCCGCCGAACAAACCACGGACGAGUACACGGACUAUUUCAUCACGUGUAAAGUGAAGGGGAACGCCAACCCCACAUUUAUGUGGACGCACAACGAUCAGACUUUUAAAGAAAAAACUAUUAGUGGAAAGUAUUCGGUCCAAGAGGGUGGUUUGUUGGUACGAAAUGUGACGUACUUGGAUGCAGGUAAAUACACGUGCAGAGCAUUCGAGACCACUAGCAAGUCGAGUGUUUCCGGUAGCACAGAGAUCAAUUUGAAAGUCCGACACAAACCAGUGUUCCUGAGCUACAUGGAAGGCGAUCCUGUAGACUUAUACGUUUUUGAAUCAGAUUCUGUUAAUCUAACCUGUCAGAAUUCUGCUGAACCAGCGGCCGACAUGUCGUGGAGUUUCAACGAUAAGCAGUUCACCAACCCAUCAGACCACUACAUUGUGACGUUCAACCAACCGGUAAAACUGGGACUGUACACGUGCACGGCAGCUAACAGUCUGGGCAAAAUCACCAGACGGUUCAACUUGAUCGAGGGCUUCAAACCGAAAACGCCCACUGGUCUGUCGGUGGCGCGUAUCGGCGACAACUACAUCGAACUGCAAGUUGUGCCCGGCGACGAAGAUGACAAGUUGAUUGGCUACAGGGUCGAGUACGUGACGAGAGCCGUGGAGCCGGGUGGAAAGACUUUCGAAAGUUUUAACAUGAUGAACUUCAACACCACCGAAGGUCCGUUUGCGCUGGUCAACCUGAAACCCGACACCGAGUACACCACAAAGAUAUUGGCCAGGAACCGAGCAGGGUACAGCGAGUAUACCGAGCCCAUUGUGGUCCGGACUUUGCCGGUGAUUAUCAACAGCGGAGCACCGCCGACACUACUCGACGGGUUCGUAAGAAAGUGCUCGUUCGUGAUCGUCGCCGCCGCCACCUUGUUCGCGGCCAGACUGUAAACCCCAAAUCAGUUCUAUCCAUAGAUCUAUAUAAUUAUAAUACGUCAUGCAGCUUCUGUAUAGGUCCAUUCGCGUACACCAUCGACGUCGUAUAUACAUAUUAUAUAUCAUUAUAUAGAUAUUUACGAUCUGUAUAAGAACGCGACCACACGCAUUCAUAACAAUAUAUUGUAUAUUUACAUGUAUGUAAUUUAUACAUAUAUACAUAUAUAUUAUAUUCAUAGAUCCCAGGCGUUGUCAGUAUUACCGGGGCAUUCCCAAUUCUGUACGACUCCAGACAAUCGCUUAUUUUUCUUUUCCUCUCGUAUACGUCGUAUUAUUGUUGCUGCACGACGAUAAUAAUAUUAUCCUAGUCCUUAACUUGUGUAUAACAAACCGUAAACAGUUUUUUUUUUUUUUUUUAAUCUGUGCGUGAAACAAAUAGCCAUCCCUAUUACACCAUCGUAAUCGAUACAAAUUUAAAUAGAGGUAAUUCGACAUUUUUCAGUCAAUGGUUCAAAAUAUGGUAAUAACGCCUGCUCAUCAGAAAAUAUCAUUUCCACAACUGUGCUUUCUUCAUUACACUGUGUAGUUAUUGAAUUUAUUUACCGCCAUAUGUUGGUCUUUUGAAAUUACUUGAUCAUCAUAUUACCUACUCUCCGGCUAAUGCGCAUGUUUUCAAAAUUAUGCACAUUUCUGAUUUUUUAGGCUUUCAAUAAACUAAAUAAACUAAUAGAAAAAAAAAACCGCAUUUGCGUACAUAAUAUAUAUAUAUUUACAAACAAAAACAAUCUAAAGUAGUAUUUAAGUACAUCAAAGUUUUUGUGUGCAUGCGCAUGUGAUAUAGCCAAAUCUUGUACAAAUGGCUCUCCUAAAAAAGGGUUGAAAUCGUGUACGAUACGACGUGCAUUACGAAAAUUAAACCGCUCGCCACGAAGUUUGUAUGAUAAAAUCUCAUCCAUCGGAGGCACGAAAAUGAUUACUCACAGGAACGAACAUCGUGAAAUCAGUUUGUACUUGACAAAAAUAUUUCACGAUACGAGAUUUCAAUAUUAAUUUAAAGGUGGGCGCUCCCUAUAGGAUCAUUUUUGUCCGCAGAUUGUACUUUACUAACAUUUUUUAUUUGAACCAAAACACCGCGUAGUACGAAAAAUUGAAAAGCCUGUAGAUGGUGUUCACGGUGUAUAUUAUUAUUUGCGUAUUAAAACAUAAUGGGUGCGUGCUCGAAACCAUCGGGUUUUUGUCGCAAUGUCCAUUUGUCCGGAAAAGUUCUCGUCGUCGGCUCGGCGCGUGGCGGGUACGCAUUAUAAUAAUUCAACGAGUCCUUCACCACCACCGCCGCCGCCGCACUGCGCAAAAUGAUGCGAACACAAAUAUACAUAUAUAUGUGUUUAUGUAUAUGUAUGUGAUGUAGGUAUUACACGUGUUGUUUUGAAACACUUAUAAUAAUAGUCGCGUAAUUAAUAUUAUUGUGAAAUCAGUGUUAUAUUUUUUUAUAUUAUUUUUUUAUUUUUAAUUUUUUGCAAACGACCGCCUCCUGCUAUAUUACAUCCGCUGUUACCAACAAUUUUGUUGAUGUUAAAUUUUAUAUUAUUUUCUUCGCUGUACUUCCGCUACGUUUGAAAA